AUGGCCCACAAAGCGCGACGAGCUGGCAAGCGCGAGCGAAAGAAAACAUUCACUGUUCUCAUUGCAAAGAUCGCCACCGAUCACCACGCCUUGUCUCUGCUUGCCCGCUCUGGCGAUCCUCGUCCCCGCCUGGAGUUUGAGGCCAUUCUCUACGCUCUCCUCGACUCUACCGGCCGACCUUCCCCUGCGGGCGACCUCUUCUCUGGCUUCAUCCAAUGGUGCGACAGUGCCACUCAACUUCCCGAUGUGCUAUUGCAGGCACUUGUUGACCGAAAGCGGAGUGUGGAGAUACAGUACCGUAUUCGGAUGGAGUUUGUCGCGAGCAUGGGAUUGAAGCGUAUGAAGGAGGCAGCUAAAGCGCAGUGGCUUUCCGAGAAUGCCCAUGUCGUCGUCUUGGAUCGCCUUCGCGAGGCGUACCCCGAGUAUCACCAGUGGAUUGCUGAGACACCCGAGAUAGAGCAACAAUGGGGGCAUCGUAUUCGGAAGGGCAAGAAAGCUGACAAGCGGCACAAGCGGCACCCGCUUGUCCUUGAGGACCCCUCGCGACUUCGGUAUGUCGUAAAGGAGGACGAGAGCGUUGUCUUCCGGGACAAGGAAACGGGGGAUAUCAUCAUGAUGGUAAUCCGCGACUUUUGCAAGGACCCUCGGGCCCUCAAGUUCGUGGAUUGCAAUGCUGCAGAGUCGGUUGACCUGAGGAAGUCAGUGAGGUUGGAGGAUCCGGGGAAGCUUGUUCUCCUCGGUUAUACAGCUGGUUCCCGGAGCCACCCUCUGUUCGACUGGGCCCGAAACCUGCGCUCGAAGAAGCACACCCCUGAAUUCCUGAAGGAUCUCGACUUCCGACUCUCGUCCGCGUUCGCCUUGUUCUGGAACCUACUCCAGGUGCGCGUACCGAAAGAGGUGCUUGCACCCUUCGAGUCGUACCUUGCCGACAAUUCGAUGUGCCGGAUGGAUGGGAAUUCGGGCAAGAGUACGGAUUCACGUGGGAUCUACAUGGUGGAUUUGGGCGAUAAAUACAUUGAGUUCAACGAUGCUGAGCUCGCACCGCCAUCAGGUGUCGCAGGCUGCAACUAUGCUCGGGCGAUUCACAGGGAGAAACAGGCCCAGAAGUGGGCCUUCUCGUGGACUACCUCUCGUCGGAAGGGCAUGACAGGUGGUAGCUUCUAUGAGGCUGUUUAUGGCAUCAAGGUGCUUCAAGCCCCUAACACGAUGGUCGCCUGGAUGCCCGAGCAUGACCAUGGCACAAGUUUGCUCGAUUGGAGUCCAAACCGCAAGGACGAUAUCCCACCAUUCGCCCAGACUGGUAUCGCCCUUGUGACCAGCACUCGCCUCGCUAGCGCCUGGGAAAAGUACCGGAAUACCCAGGACUUUGCACAGGCUGAGAAGGAGUGGCCCGCCUCGUCGUACCACCCCAGCGCCUCCGCCGCGUCCACGGAGAAGCAGCAGUCGACCUCGAGCACGCCCGCGCAGAGCCUCGCGCCCUGGCACUGCACCUUGAGUCGCGCCGCCAUUUUGCAUGUCGCCAGGGCCACGGGAGGUCGGCAGAUUGUCACUAGAGCCAGAAGGGAGCCCUCAGUCGAGGGGUGA